UGCACGCGCCUUCAGAGCUAGAGUUAAAGUUAAAGUUAUAGCGAGAGCUAUAGAAAACUGAGCUACAUUUACCAUCAACCGUCAAAAGCUUCGAAUAUCGAACUAGUUUUCCAGUGAAUGCGAAAAUUAAUCUUUUCCAAAUUCGAUUCAAAGUUGUGGCGGCGAACGGAAAAAGCGACAAUCACACAAACAAGUUGAAAAUUGUCAAUUCAAAAUUGUUGCGUUUGCGUUGUUCUGCGUUGAAAGUGAUCGAUAACGAAAUCGAACGAUAACAUCUAUUGAAAUAAUAUAGAAAACUCGAUAAAUUGAAAUUGAACUUUUGCAAGUAUCGAAAUUAUCAAACUGAAUUAAAAACAGUAAAGAAAAAAACCCAAAGUGACACUGAUAACCUUCAAACUAAAAAUAAACUCAAAGUAGCCCAAUCGAAGACACCAGAAAAAACGAACAAAAAACCCAAAAAUAAAACCAAUUGAAUUUCGAUCAUCUCUCCCACUCACACUUUCGUUCACCUGGUCAAAAAUGGAUGCGCCCAAGCAGAUGCAGGACUAUUGGCACAUUCCCCGCGCCUCGCUGGCCUCUUCCUCGAGCUCAGCCAUUAGUUCGGCUAGCUCCUCAAAGUCCUCGAACAAAUCGCACUCGAAUCCGCCUACCCUGAACCAGCGCAGUUCGCCUAGCGACAGUAGCAAUAAUACAAGUGCUGCUGUGACAGCAGCGGCAGCGGCGGCGGUACUGGCGGCUGCCAAGCGGGGAUCGAGGAGUUCGCAGGGCUCCAGCGACAGCAACAACAGCACACGGAGCGCUGCUUCCGGCUCACUGCUGUUGACGGCAGCGAAUCUGGAACGCUUCGCGGAGAUCCACAAGAAGCAGGAGCGGAACAACAAGAUGCUGAUGCCCAGCAAUCCCUCAUCGUCCAACUACAAUGCCAACCUGACGCUCGCCAGCGGCAAGGAUGCGGUCAUCGCCAUCGAGGGCGAGCCGGCCGAUGUGGAUCCCAAUUUGCAGUAUGUGAAAACCAAAGACCUGGAUACCGUAUCCAUUGCCAGUUCCAUGCACUUCACGAUGGUCAAUGGAGAGGGUGGUCCGCCCAAGAAACCGAAGCGCGGUCUCUGCGAUCGGGGACGCCAGGUCACCGUGUUGAUUGUCAGCAUGAGCACCAUUUUCAUGCUGCUCAUUAUGGGCAUGGUCUAUGCGCUGGAGAUGCGCGCCCGUGACAUGCCCAAGAGCUAGGACUCAGUUCCUCUGCCUAGCCAAUUAGUUUAUUAUUUAUUGUAUUGUCUUUGUCCCCCAUUAUUAUUAUUAUUGUUAUCGUGUCGUCUUGGCGCUAGUUGUGUAAGCUAUUUAUUAAACGAUUGUUUGGAUGGAGAGUCGAGUCAGUCGAAGCUGGGAAAUUUCAUUAGUAUUAAGCGCGCUAUGCUAUGGAGACAGAGAAACAUACAAGGAACUAGAUCUGGAGCGGAUCGGAUAAUCGCCGCCUGGUAUCGGAUAAUGCUGUACUUUCUGGUUAGCAAUUAAGUUAUUUAUCCCUGUGAUAUGUUUAAUAAAGUGAAUUUUAUAAUUGUACACGAAGGGUUGGUGACUCACACCUGGCGGAAGGUGAAUGACUUUGACUUCGGGGUUUUGUAGUGACGACUGCAACCUAGCAACCAGUGGUGGCGAUAUUAUAAUAGGAAAACCGAUUUUUUUGGUGGGAAAGGCAGUGGAAAAUCUUAAAAUUUUGUUGGCAAAAUAAAAUAUUAUUUCAAUUUGAUUAGCCCGAUAAUUGUAUUUAACUUAAAUCGUCAUAAUUAAAGUGUCUAUUUACAAUAAACAGAUAUGGUCUAAAAAUGUAAUUGCAUUUUUGAUGCAUUUUUGAAAAAGGAAAAAAUAACUGCUAAUACGAAAAGAUAAGAAUCGUCUUAGAUAGGUCAAAAUAGUUGGACUAAACCCAAUUGGAUAUAAUCCCAAAUUACUGCAACUAAUAUUAGAAUAUGCUAUUAUCUUAAAAUCGAAAUAUAAGUACAGCUGGUUAGCUCGGUUGGCAACACUUUGUAACCAUGACAACACUUCACUGGGUCAAUUUUGAAGA